AUGUACCAACCAUCUCCAAUCCCCGGAAUCGACAAGGUCCUCCCACCAACAGAAACCAUCCUCUGGAUCCUCUCCCUUUGGGCGCUCAAUCUCUUCUACCUCCUCUACAACCUCCUCCCUCUCGACGCAGAAGCUCCCACAAUCCUCUCCGACAGAGCAGGACUCCUAUUCGUCGCCAACCUUCCGUGGCUAUACCUCCUAGCAGCCAAAAAUCAGCCCAUCAAGAGGCUGACGGGUGAUAGUUAUGAGAAUCUGAACAUGCUACAUCGCAGACUGGGAGAAUGGAUGUGUUUCCUCGCAGCCAUACACCUAGCCGGGAUGCUAUCCGCAUGGUUUACAUUCCUCCGUCCAGCUGGGUUAGGCUUGUAUAGCUUCUUGACGAUAGGGUAUAUUUUCUUCGGAUGUCUUGCCUGGGUCUGUUAUGAGGUGCUAUAUCUCACGUCUCUGGGGAGUUUCCGGGAGAGGUGGUAUGAAGUAUUUCUAGACUCGCAUGUUUUGUUGCAAGCUGGAGCAUUGGGCUUUCUCUUUCUCCACCACUACGCUUCGAGGCCGUACGUUGGAGUAGCGCUUCUGGUAUUCCUGCUGGAUCGGUUGAUCUGGAGACUGGGACUGAAAACGUGCACCGUGCGAGCAGACUUGCAAGUAAUGGAUGAUGGAGAAACAGUCUCGGUAGCCGCCGACUGGACCCUCUUGCGCCGCGAGGAAAGUUCCUGGUGGAGGAAACUACUCGGAUACGACAUGCGAUUCGGCUGGAAACCAAGCGAACACGUCUUCCUCACAGUAGCCGGAAUCUCUCCCAAGCACCGAUUCCAAUUCCACCCGAGGACGAUCGCUUCCGCCGCUCCAGCCUCCGGACAAACUCACGCAUGGUUCAAUCUCAUUAUCCGUGCCAAAACGGGAUUCUCCAGAGACUUGCUUCUCUACGCCCAAAACAACCCAUCAACAAUGAUAAAACUGGACGGUCCCUACGGAUCCCUUCAUGCUUUGCAAAUGUUACAAUCAAGCGAUGUGGCCAUAAUAGUAGCCGGCGGCAGCGGCAUCGCGGUUGCAUAUCCAUUGCUCUGGGACUUGCUCCGUAGAAGAAAUCGCGAGCAGAGGGUGUGUCUGAUCUGGAUCGUGCAGGAAUCCUCACACAUCUCGUGGAUCGGGCGAGAACGACUCGAAGAGCUCCGCGAACUCGGGUUGCAUCUCGUGAUACCUGGGCCGAGCAGGGAAGCAGGCAGACCGGAUGCGAGGAGCAUACUGACUGAAGUCGUGGAGAACGAGGAGAAGGCAGCGGGAGUUGGGGUGGUGGUUUCGGGUCCUGAUGGGUUGAAUCGGACGGUGCAGAAUACUUGCGCUGCGAUGGUAAGGUGUGGGAGGAAGGUUGAGGUUGCCGUGGAGAAGUUUGGGUGGUGA